AUGAAGCUCAGGCUCAAACUUAAACGAAUAACUGGACAUAAUAAAGUUGGAGUAAAAAUAAAUGAUAAGGAUGGCAGUAGUACUGAUAAGGAAUCAUCGCGAAAUACGGAAAGCAAAGAGGGAAAGAAGGAUACAGGUGAUGGAAGUGAUGUGGAUAAUUCAGAAGAAGGGGAGGGAAACGUAAAGAAUGAAAUGGAAAAUAAUACGGUUGAAGAGGACGAGGAAGAAGAAGAGGAUCCUCUAUUGGUGAUAAUGGCUGCUGAUAGGAGAUAUAAUCUGAUGAGACAUUUGGAUGCGUUAUCACCGGAGAUCAUCAUCAUGUUACAUGCGGAUUUAACGGCACUUCGAUUGAUUGAGAUGUAUAAAGCGUGUAAACCGGAACGUGAAGUUCGCAUUUACGUUAUAAUGUACGGUCAGUCGAAUGAAGAGGAGCGAUAUCUGUGCUCGUUGAGGAGAGAGCAACUCGCCUUUGAGGAACUGAUUCGUCAACAAGGGACCUUAUUAGUAUCGCGUGAAUAUAAUACAGCAAGAGAGCCACCACCGAGAUUGAAGGUCAUAAAAUCGGGACGUGAUUCGCGUAAGACGAACGAUGAAACUGUGGAAGAGAAGCCUAAAAUAAUUGUUGACAUGCGUGAGUUCAACAGUGAAUUGCCAACAGUGGUGUAUAAGCGAGGAACGGACGUGAUAGCUGCCACUCUGGAAGUAGCUGAUUACGUGUUGUCUCCGCAGAUAGCGGUCGAACGCAAAUCACUCGACGAUUUAGCACAAUCGCUUUGUAGUGGACGUGUUUUCAAGCAAAUUGAUCAGAUGUUGAGACAUUAUCGAAAUGUGAUUUUGUUGGUUGAGGCGAAUAUGAAAGAUGGUAAAAAACGUGGUAACGUCGGUCCUUUUCAGGGUGAAUUGAGUAAGCGUGCUCGAGAGAUACGUUUCCUGUUUACGGUUCUGAUAUGGUCUUAUCCGAAAAUGCAUAUUGUUUGGACCAUAAAUCCGACACAAUCGGCCGAAAUGUUCGAGGAGUUCAAGUUGAAUCAGCCGAAUCCAGAUGUUGAUCAUGCCGUAUCGAUACGAGGUGAUGAAGACGAGAGGGUUGAUCUGCAAACUGAUCAACCAAGUGAUCAAGGAGAAGCAGCAACCGCAGAGUCAGCUCAACAGCAGUCAUCAUCCACUUCAUCAACAACGAAACCAACUGAACGUCAGCUGAAUCGAGCCUUACAACGUCAACUAAUGAAACUACCAAAAAUGACACAAGGUGACAUCAAAAGAAUGAUGCUGAAUGCACAAGAGGCGAAAUGCCUCCUGGACGUGAUCAAUGCGGAUUCUGAACGGAUCACUUCGGUUGUUGGUAACACGGUCCUUGCCGAGUCGUUGUACUCGUUUUUCAAUAUGGAUUUUAGGACGAGCAAAGAGCAGGAAUAG